AUGCGAGAUCGUCUAUCUUAUUCUUCGCUCCUGCCUCUGCGGAACAGAGGCUCCCGUGCCUCCACCGCCCAACGACCUUCCAUCUCGGGCCCUGUUGGUCCGGUUCAUCACAGCAACGGGCCUGACAUCGAGCGGGCGGAAUACAUCACAAUCGUCUCAAGUAUCAAUGAGGUUACCAAGCCGCAGCCGGGCAGCUUGGAACAGCCUUCUUCAGUCUCUCAACAUCAUCGGCAGAAAAGGCCCGCAUCUGGUCUACCGAGAAGCACCAGCGGCACCGCAACACCUCAAAAACCCCGAGAAAGAGCAAAUGUCCCGGACCCAGCUAGCGGCAUGGGAAGGCAAGAGGCAGAAAUCCGGCAACCCAAAGCUCACAACCCGGUCAUACCUCGUUCGCAAACCCUCCACGUUCCUAUCCCGCCUCCAAGAAGCUCUAGUCUCAAGCAUCGUUAUGUCCUGGGAGAGAUUUCCAACGCCAACCGUGGGUCUCCAAGAGUUUCAUCGCGAAAUGGUGCCUCUAAUGCAUACCUCCGUGAAGGCAAGCGCCCUCCCAACCCAACGGCCAAAAGAAGAUCAACAGGUUCAUCCAAGUCUUCCCAUGGUGCCCGCAGACUCUCAGCAAGCUUCUCUGGAGGUGGACCACUUUCCAGCCACCCAACAGUCGCCAGUUUUGACGUCCACGCAGUCGGAGGCGCAGCGGCGGGUGGAAAUGAUGAAAACUCAUUACCGUCGUCAAAGCCUCGAGAAGGCACAGCUCUCUCUCCAUCAGAACACAGCUCGUCGUUUGUUGCUGCCUCAAUCCCCGGCUCCAACUUCGAAUCCCGGCUGCCAGGCAGACGCAGCAUAGAAAAGAGGCAGCUUCCCAAAUCACGUACUAUGACUGCUCUAUCCAACCUCACAGCAUCUUUAUCCAAAUCAACGCUCACGGGUUUCGCCGGGAGCGAACGUAAGCUCUCUCACCAAUCAAACGCAUCCCGCAAAGUCAGCAACACUUCGACUCUUUCAACAGGCACAUUCACUACCAGCGCAUCCACAGCUUCUACACUGAACGCUCAUGAUAAGAAUCCUCUCAUCAUAACUACCGCUCAGCCUUCUGAGUACUGGUCGGGUCGUUUCCUGGCCUUGCACGACCGCAUCCGCGGCGAAGACCUGCAACCACAAGCUCUUCCAAUACUUGUAUCUGCCUACGUCUCUAGGUCAUCUCACCUUCCUGAUUUGCGAACGGCCUAUCAAAACCGCGACAACCUCCCUCUCAGCACAACCACCGCACUCGACGGCUACGAUAGUGAUGCUAUCAACCGGGAAGCUGACCGCCUGACCGAUGAUAACAACCGGUGCAUGCGCGUCUUCUUGCAUCUUGACUCACUUUGUACCACCCCUGAAGCUCAGAAGAGUUUACAGUCAUGGCAGGAAGUGUAUGCACGCACACACAACCGAGACGCACUCCUGCCACGCGGUGUGACUAUGGAAAAGGGAUUUGUCAAUCGACUCUUUGGCGGACGACGAAGCAUCGGCGUUAACCGACCAGAGAAGCAGGUUAUCGAAGGGAAGUAUCGCAUUGGGAAGCGUGUAAGCAUUCUUUGA